UUCGUAGGCAACGAACCAUGAGCAACCUACCGGACGUAGAGCAGCUCAAGCUGGAAGAAAAACACAACAGUGCGGUGGAAAACACUGCCGCUCCAGUUGACGAAGAUGUGGUUGAUCCGUGGACUGUUACUAGCACAUCCGAUGCAGGAAUCGAUUACGAUAAGUUGAUCAAACGGUUCGGAUGUUCACAUAUCGAUGCUGCACUGAUUGAGCGGCUGGAAAAGGUCGCCGGAAAACCGGUUCACCAUUUGAUUCGCCGCGGCAUAUUCUUUUCGCACCGUGACCUACACACUUUACUGAAUGCAGUGGAGUCGGGCAAAAAGUUUUACCUCUACACCGGCCGCGGACCAUCGUCGGAUUCCAUGCAUUUAGGUCAUCUGGUGCCAUUUAUCGUGACAAAAUGGUUUCAGGAAGCGUUCGAUGUGCCGCUGGUCAUUCAGCUAACGGAUGAUGAGAAAACGCUGUGGAAGGAUUUGACCGUCGAGCAAUCGAUGCGAAUGGCACGCGAGAACGCGAAAGACAUCAUUGCACUUGGAUUCGAUCCAAGCAAAACGUUUAUCUUUUCCAACCUCGAGUUUAUGGGCCAAUGUCCACAGUUCUAUCAGAACAUUAUACGCAUCCAGAAGUGCGUAACGUUCAAUCAGGUGAAGGGCAUUUUCGGUUUCGGCGAUUCGGACGUUAUAGGAAAGAUUGGCUUUCCUGCGGCACAAGCCGCACCCGCCUUCUCCACCACCUUUCCUUUCAUCUUCGGUGCGGACAAGCUGCCCGUACUGAUUCCCUGUGCGAUCGAUCAAGAUCCGUACUUUCGUAUGACGCGUGACGUGUCGCCCAGGUUGGGCUUUCCGAAACCGGCCCUAAUCCAUUCGAGUUUCUUUCCCGCUUUGCAAGGAGCGCGUACGAAAAUGUCGGCCAGCGAUGCGAAUUCCGCCGUCUUUCUGACCGAUACUGCGAAGCAGAUUAAAACAAAAAUUAACAAACAUGCGUUCUCCGGUGGACGGCCAACGCUCGAGGAACACCGAGAGCUGGGCGGUAAUACCGACAUUGACGUUAGCUUCCAGCUGCUUCGAUUCUUCCUAGCGGACGACGAGGAGCUGGAGCGUAUCCGCGUGGCGUACGGAAAGGGUGAACUGUUGAGCGGAGAAAUGAAAAAGAUCGCCAUUGAUACGCUACAACCGAUCGUGGCCGAGCACCAGACGCGAAGGAAGGAUGUGACCGAUGAGGUGCUAAAUAUGUUCCUAUCUCCGAGAAAGCUUAACUACAAUUUCAGCGUAAACGUGGCCGGGGAUAGCGCCAAUGGGCCUGGGGGAAAGAAAAAGGGCAAAGAUAAGAAGGCGCCUAAGCAGAAUUAG